AUGUCGUCGCAUGACACAGAGGAGGUGACUGUGUUUGCAGCCUGCGUACUCCCCUCUGGUGUUCGCUACUCCACCCUCACCUCGGAUGCCCACCAGAAGAAUCACAUGGCCCUAGGCGUGAACGGGGAACUGUACUUGGUUGUGCACCCCAUAUACUCGCUGUCACCUCGUGCGUAUAGCCGCUACGUGCUUGGUGCCGUUUUACUGGUGCUGUUGGAGGUGGCCGUUUUCCUGCUUACGCUGCUAGGCUUGUCCACGCCAUUCCUCACUAAAAACAGCCGGAGCUUCUUCUCCUUCGCGGGUGGGAGCGGGGCGUCUAUGAUCGAUCCGCCCGAGCGACGCACGCCACUGGUUGUCUCUUCAGCCUUUCUUGUCACAUUCCUCUUAUUGUUUUCGUUCAUUUGCCCUAUCUCCGUGGUAUUAUGCGUGCGUCGAGACCAGCACGCGCGCGUGAGCGAAGAGCUGUUCAACCGAGAACUCCUGGAGCAGCACGGCGUGCAGGUCCGCGAUGAUGGGCACGUGUGCGGCCCCGGUGGUGAGCCGAGCGUUGCGAAGGAAGAGGGCGCGUUGGACCCAUGCUGUGGAUUCGAGGCGAACGAGCACUCGCGGCUGUUGCGAAACGCCGGGAUGUUCUGUGUGCAGUGCGGUGUGGAGGUCAUCAGCGUGAUCAUCCUGAUCGCCGUUGUGUCCGACAUGAGGUUAUUGCACAGAAAUACCAUGGAUCAACAAGGAACCGUGUCCUUUCAGAGGGGUUUCUUCAUAACCAUCGUGGCGUUGGUGUUGAAGAUUUUGGAGCUUAUUUUAUACUGCUACAUCGCAUAUCGGAUGCUGCGCAUCCGUCUCUAUCAGCGCUUGCCGCGUUGCCACCUCGUCCCUGUGUCCAGCUGUCGCGAAGUUGGUGCCCUCGCGACCGGUGACGGCGCCUGCAGCUCCUCCGAGCCACCUCUCAAAGACGGCAUUAAAGAGUGCUAUUCGAGCAAGUCGUGCCACGGCCCCUUUGAGAGGGAAGGUAGCCGCGAGAUGGAGCCCAUAUCGCUGCCACACCUUCAGCUGUAUUAA